AUGCCUAAACCAUCACGUCGUGUAAUAGAUAAGCCAGAACUAUUGACAUUCAAUGAACUUCAUGGAAAAGGAAUAACACUUUCAAAUAAUAAUCGACAAGCAACACGUUCAUCAGGUUUUGGUGAUGCAAUUGUUUUUAGUUCACGUACUAUACGUACAUUUGAAAAAGUUUUUUUAAAACAUCGUCAAAAACAAGUUGAUUGGAUUGGAAGUCUACGUGUUGGAUUUUGUAUGCAUGAUCCUAAAACACAAUUUACUCAAGAAACAUUACCAAGUUUAGCUUUUAAACAUUUAACAGAUAAAGGUGGAUAUUGGUUACGAGCUUGUCCAGAUGAACUUUUACGAACUUCACCAAUUAUUUAUGUAUAUUAUUCUUAUGAUGGUCAAAUCUAUGUUGGAGGAUAUGGCCAAACAAAUCCAGCUCAAGCAGUAUUAACUAUGAAUGAACAUUUUGGUCCAUAUUAUUUAUUUUGUGAAGUAUACGGUAAAACAGAUCAAAUUGAAAUAAUUGAUGAAACAACAUUACCGGAUCAAACAUUAGUUAAUGAUAGUUAUUCAAUAUCAAUUCAUGGUAAUGUUAUUGAUUUAGUUAAUAAAAAAUUAAAUGAUAAUAAUAAUCUUUCUCAACUUCAACAUUUUAAUUAUUUAUAUUCAUCAAAUAUUCAACAUACAUUAACAUUUCUUCCAACAACAAAACAUAAUAUUAUUUUAACAAAUAAUAAUCGUAUUGUAUGUGUUAAUAAUCUUAAAACAAAAUCAAGUUAUGCAUUUAUAAAUACACCUAUGAAAGUUAAUGAUAUUUUAAUAUGUAAAGUAAUGGAUUGUGAUACAAAUACAUCAGCAAUAUUUUUAUUUGGUUUAACAACAUGUGAUCCAACAUCAUUACAAAAUCAAAAUUUACCUGAAGAUACUACAACAUUUAUAGAACAAUAUUCAUCAUCAAGAUGGUUUGUUGAUAUUGAUAUAAAUGCAAAUAUAUCAAUGUAUGAUGAACUUGCAUUUUGGUUUGAUUCAAAUGGUUAUAUAAAUCUUUCAAUUAAUAAUCGUUCACCUAUACAACUUAAAAAUCAAUUAUCAUCAUCUGAUAUAACAAAUUUAAUUUUAUAUCCAUUUUUUGAUUUAUAUGGACAAAUAACUUCACUUUGUUUAUAUAAUUUAUGUUCACAAACAAAAUUAAAUUUAAAUAAAAAAUCGAAUGCUCGAGAAUUAUGUUUAAUUUGUUUUGAAAAUUUAGCCGAUACACAAUUAUUACCUUGUCUAUGUACAUUAUGUAAUCAAUGUGCUAGUAUAAUUAAACGACCAAGUUUACUUUCAGAUUGUCCAUUUGAUAGAAAACAUAUAACACAAAUUCGACCAUUACCAUAA